AUGGCAAAAGUUGGGAAUGACUGCUAUUUCUUUUUUAAUUCCAUAUGCAUAAAGGGUUCCCAGUGCCGAUUCCGACACUGUGAAGAGGCCCUUGGCAGUGACACUGUGUGCUCAUUAUGGAGAAAAGGAAAAUGUCUAGAUCCACAGUGCAGAUUUAGACACAUGGAAAUACAGCAAAAGCACAUUUCAUGCUUCUGGGAAGCUCAGCCCCUUGGUUGUGUGAAGAUCAGUUGUACCUUUUAUCACAGCAAACCUCGAAAUAUCAAAGGAUUAUUUUUGCCACCAAGUAGCAAUAUCAUACUGCAGAAAGAAACUCAGGAAGGAAUUCCACCCCCAACCCAGAGUCAGAAACCUCUGAAACCUCAGAAGAAUAUAUCACGACCCAUUCACCAUCCCUUAGUUUUAAAAACAAACUUUGAGGAAGAAGAGGAGGAAGAAGAUGAACAAUAUGAUGCUUCUAGUUUAUGGACAAUGACUCCUGAAGAAAUUGAAGAAAAAAGAGCAAUAAAGGAGAUGUGUUAUAAAUCUGGUGUAUACUACAGAUUUCAUACUCCUCCAGAUAUUUUAUCAUCUAAAAGCAUAGCCUCUACAGUGGAAAAAGAGUUAAAAAAGCCUUUGGAAAAUGGCAGUGAAUUGCAGGAAGGGGACAGUCUGACAGUUCCAACAAAAUUCAGCCUAUCUGAAAGGCGAGGUAAGAUAAAAGCAUCACUGGAUAGGAAACCAAGGACUGACAUUGCUGCUUUUGAAAAUGGAGGAGGUGACUGCUACAUUACACAGAGGAUCAUAUUUCUUGGGGUAGAUGAAAAUGAAGCUUUAACAGAAGAGAAAGAAAUCACGAUGUCGAAAUGUUCAAAUGCUAAAGGUAAUGAGCCAGACAGUCCUCAUCCGAAGCGUUCCCUAACUACCCGACUAGUACCUACGAUGCAUGUAUUAAAUGCUACUGAGAAUAUCAGUAUGAAGUGCAGAGAGGACCCCUCUUCAAUAAAUGAUGUCCAGCCAGUGAGGAAGCCUCAUUUUAAAGGCGUGAAAAAAAGAAAAUGGAUUUAUGAUGAACCAAAGAACUUUCCUGGCCCAGGAAUGCAGAGAGCAGUACAGCCUCCAAAUCCCAAAAAUAAAAUGAAUUACCAUCGCAAUAAUAAAAACAGAAAUUCUGAGAAUGCCUCCUAUGACCAUGUUCAGAGAGAUGCUGUCAGAACUGUCUCAAUGAAUGCACCUCCCCGCAGCAGGCCCAUAAACGGGUCCUACAAUAAAGUUGAUGUUAACAAGGAACCCAAAUUCAACCUCUGUUCAGAUAAAUAUAUUUCAACAUCAUAUAAUGAUUCAGCCUGGCAAAAAAGAAUUCCUUUUUCAAAAACAUAUUCAAAAACUGAAAAGAUAUAUACAGAGCCAAGAAGAAAUGGCAGCAAGUAA